CUCAUGUCAGAAAUGAAAUGCAAUGGCAAGUUGAACCACGUGAAGGUGCAUUAUCAGUUUUCCGACAAUCAGGCCGUCACGCAGGGAAAGAAUUCACUCACUGGUUAACUGAUGCUGAAUUCAACUCUGCUCAUGUCCAUGUCUUGAUCAAUUGCAGUGAAGUAAAGCCGUACCUUGACUCAUUUGUUGUGGCUGAGCAAGUCGCAGAAGGAAAUACUUCUGCUAGAAUACACUCAGAGUUUCCGCAUUGGUUUAGAAAUCAGGUUUUUAAUCAGGCAUUAACUCCCACGGUUCAAGAGUUAAGACAUCUCUCCAAUUGGCCAAUGAGAUGUGUCAAAGAAUGGCACACUUACUUCAUCAAUGGUUACAAAUUCCAUACACAUGAAUGGUCUAAAGGAAAGAAAACAUCAAAUUGUGGUAGUACAACAGCACUACGUCUCCAAACAGAGUAG